CUUUACUUCAAAAGUCUGAAAGGAGGCCCGCGCUAAAUCGUGCGCUGCACAAAUUGUUCCAACAAUCUUCUUUAACAAGCUUUUCCCCUUCACUACUAAAAAGUAUAUAACUAGUUUUCAAUCAUCUGCAACUUCUCAGCACUGAAAACAUUCAAACAAUGGCCACCAUUACCAAGCUUAAAGUAGAUGAACUUCGUAAGGAGCUUUCAAGUCGCGGUCUUGAUACCACAGGAACCAAACCCAUACUGGUAAAGAGGUUGGAAGAGGCUAUUGAGGUGGAGGAGGAGGAAAACAAGAAGAAAUUGAAUGGUGAUAAGAAAAGGUCGAGGGUUGAUUCUGACUCAAUUGGGUCAGUGAAAAUGAAUGAUGUGGAGGAGUAUAAGAAAAUGAGUGUUAAGGAGUUAAGGGAGGUAGCUACUUCUCGUGGGAUUUCAAGUACUGGGUCGAAGAAAGAACUUGUUCAGAGGCUUUGUGCUGCUGCUGAUUCAAAGAAAAAUGACUCAAAAGAUGAUCUUGGAGUUGGAGAUGAAGGCGAGACAGAGAAAUUGGUCACAGCAACAAAGAAAGGUGCAGCUGUUUUGGAUCAAUACCUGUCAGAUGACAUCAAAGAACAGUAUCAUGUCCUGCAACAAGUAAAGAGGUUGGAGGAGGCUAUAGAGGAGGAGGACAACAAGAAAAUAUUGAAUGGUGAUAAGAAAAAAUCGAGGGUUGAUUCUGACUCAAUUGGGUCAGGGAAAAUGAAUGCUGUGGAGGAGUAUAAGAAAAUGAGUGUUAAGGAGUUAAGAGAGGUAGCCACUACUUGUGGGAUUUCCAGUUCUGGGUCGAAGAAAGAACUUGUUUUUAGACUUUGUGUUGCUGCUGAUUCACAGAAAAACGACUCAAAAGAUGAUCUUGGAGUUGGAGAUGAAGGUGAGAUAGAGAAAUUGGUCACAGCAACAAAAAAGGGUGCAGCUGUUUUGGAUCAAUACCUGUCAGAUGACAUCAAAGAACGGUAUCAUGUCCUCCAACAAGGCAAUGAUAUUUAUGAUGCCACAUUGAACCAAACAAAUGUUGGGAACAACAAUAACAAGUUUUAUAUCAUUCAAGUUCUAGAGAAUGAUAGUGGUGGGAAUUUCCUUGUUUACACUAGAUGGGGUAGAGUUGGUGCAAAGGGCGGAACAAAGAUCAAUGGUCCCUACACGUCUGCCUAUGAUGCCACAUCUGAGUUUGAGAGUAAAUUCUAUGAUAAGACCAAGAACUAUUGGUCUAACCGCAAAGAUUUUUUUUGUCAACCAAAGCAUUAUGCUUGGUUGGAAAUGGACUAUGCUGAAAAUGGGAAAGACUCCUCAGUCCAAGGACAGUCCAACCCAGUACAUAAAAGUCAACCUCGUGAGACUAAGCUGGCGGCCCCGAUUGCAAAGUUCAUAUCUCUUAUUUGCGACAUCAAUAUGAUGAGGCAGCAAAUGAUGGAAAUAGGAUACAAUGCUAACAAGUUGCCACUCGGUAAAUUGAGCAAGACAACUAUUUUUAAGGGCUAUGAUGUCUUGAAAAAUAUUGCUGAUGUAAUUGGCCAGUCCAACAGACGACUGCUUGAAGAUUUGAGCAGUCAAUUUUAUACAGUCAUUCCUCAUGAUUUUGGAUUCAAGAAGAUGUGUGAAUUUGUCAUCGACACUCCUCAGAAGUUAAAAAGCAAAAUUGAAAUGGUCGAAGCUCUUGCUGAAAUUGAAGUCGCAACUAAGUUAUUGGAGGAUAACACAGAUAUACAGGAGGAUCCCUUGUAUUAUCAAUAUGAACAACUUCGUUGCAAACUUGUUCCAGUUGAAGUCGGUUCCCAAGAAUUUCUCAUGAUUGAGAGUUACAUGAAGAAUACUCAUGCAAAAACGCAUUCUGGUUAUGCUGUCGAAAUUGUUCAAGUAUUUAGGGCAUCAAGAGAUGGUGAAACUGAAAGAUUCCAGAAGUUCUCUGAUACGAGUAAUAGGAUGCUUUUAUGGCAUGGUUCUCGACUCACAAACUGGGCUGGCAUUCUAUCACAGGGUUUACGAAUUGCUCCUCCAGAAGCACCUUCAACAGGGUACAUGUUUGGGAAAGGUGUUUAUUUUGCUGAUAUGUUCUCCAAAAGUGCAAAUUAUUGCUAUGCCUCCUCUGCUGCUAAGAAUGGUGUGCUUCUGUUGUGCGAGGUUGCUCUUGGUGAAAUGAAUGAGCUGCUGUCAGCAAACUACGAUGCUGAUAAGUUGCCUUCGGGAAAGCUAAGCACCAAAGGAGUCGGUGCCACGGCCCCAGAUCCUAAAGCAUCUCAAAGACUUGAAGAUGGUGUCAUUGUUCCUUUGGGAAAUCCAAAGAACCAACGAAAGCAGGGUAGUUUGUUGUAUAAUGAAUUCAUAGUUUACAACGUGGAACAAAUAAGAAUGCGCUAUGUUAUCCAGGUUGAGUUCAAUCAUGGAGUAUAAUCAUAUUGCAAAUAUAAUUUCAUCUUUUUAAGUUUCGAGUAUCAGUAAUUUUGUAUAGGCAUUAAUGUGUCAUGUAAACUUUUGAAUCGUCUACACGAUUCUAGCUAGGUGCAGUGAGUUUAUUACAUUGUGACUUUUUGUAACUAUAAAAUCAUUCAUGUUUUGCCUAUUA